GAAACGUAUCUCAAGACAGUUCCACACAGACAGAAGACCCGAUCGUCAGACUUAAAAUAGAAAAAAAAAAGGUUUAAUCGCGCCGAUUCUUCAGACUUCCAAUUGAAUCUCUCCCGUUUCUUCUUCGGGGAAUUGAAUAGCUUGCGGAACACUUCUCCCUCUAAAAGCUUUUGCCGUGCACGCCUAUGGGCGCCGUGUUUGCUCAGACGUGUAUGUAUCUGUGUACAUGUCUGUACGGUUACUGAGAGAACGAGCAGCAGGAGGAGGAGGGGGAGGAGGAGGAAGAGGAGGAAUCGAUAGGAGCUUGCGAAGAUGCUGGAAGAUCAAGUGGCGUAUUUGCUGCAGAGGUAUUUGGGGAACUACGUUUUAGGACUUAACAAAGAAGCUCUGAAGAUCAGUGUCUGGCGAGGAGAUGUAGAACUUACGAAUAUGCAAUUGAAGCCCGAGGCACUCAAUGCAUUGAAGUUGCCCGUGAGAGUUAAGGCUGGAUUUCUUGGAUCGGUGAAACUUAAGGUUCCAUGGAGCAGGCUUGGCCAAGAUCCUGUUGUGGUUCACCUUGAUCGCAUUUUUUUAUUAGCUGAGCCUGCAACCCAGGUUGAAGGAUCUAGUGAGGAUGCUGUCCAAGAAAUUAAGAAGAACCGUAUACGAGAAAUGGAAACGAAGCUGGUUGAGAGUAGACUAAUGCUGAAGAGUGAAAUGAACAACUCUUGGCUGCAAUCUUUUAUCAGCACAAUAAUUGGAAAUUUGAAGCUUUCCAUCUCCAACAUACAUAUUAGAUACGAGGAUGUUGAGAGCAAUCCUGGCCAUCCAUUUGCUGCGGGUAUAACCUUAGAGAAACUCUCAGCAAUGACAGUUGAUGACUAUGGGAAGGAGACUUUUAUAACUGGAGGUGCAUUAGAACUUAUACAGAAGUCUGUGGAGCUUGAAAAACUAGCUGUUUACUUUGAUUCUGAUAUCAUUCCGUGGCAUAUUGACAAACCAUGGGAGGAUUUGCUACCAGUUGAAUGGGUCCAGGUUUUCAGACAUGGGACUCAGGAUGGCAAACCAGCUGAUAAUCUUGUAAAGGAGCAUUCAUACAUUCUGCAACCUGUGACAGGGAAUGGAAAAUUCUCUAAACAGCGGCCUAAUGUAUCACUUCAGACUGGUGAACCGUUGCAGAGAGCAGCUGUAACUUUGGAUGAUGUGACCCUCUGUUUGUCAAAGAGUGGUUACAGAGAUAUAAUAAAAUUGGCUGAGAAUUUUUCUGGAUUUAAUCAACGACUAAAAUAUGCUCAUUUUCGUCCACAUAUUAUGGUAAAAUCUAAUCCAAGAGCUUGGUGGAAGUAUGCCUUCAAAGCUGUGUCUGAUCAAAUAAAAAAGGGCAGUGGGAAACUAUCAUGGGAGCAGGUCCUGCGAUAUGCAAGUUUGCGCAAGAAAUACAUUUCUUUAUAUGCUUCACUGCUGAAAUCCGAUCCUGAUCGGGUUGUUAUUGAUGAUAACAUGGAUGUAGAGAAACUGGAUCGUGAACUAGAUAUUGAAAUUAUACUCCAGUGGAGGAUGCUUGCCCACAAGUUUGUGAAGAAGUCGAUGGAGUCAGACCUUUAUGUAAGAAAACAAAAACAAAAAGCAAACAAACCGUGGUGGUCAUUUGGCUGGUCUAGUCAAUCUGUUGAAGAUGAAAGUGCUCCGGGAACUUUCAGUGAGGCUGAUUGGGAAAGAUUAAAUAAUAUAAUUGGGUACAAGGAAGGUGAUGAAGAACCAUUAUUUGCAACCCAUGACAGGAGGGACUUGCCACAUACUACCUUGGAGAUUCACAUGAAACAUAAUGCUUCUAAACUUAGUGACGGUCAGGAUUGCCUUGCCGAUUUGUCCUGUGAUAAUCUCGACUGUUCUAUUCAGCUUUACUCGGAGACAAAAGUUUUUGACAUAAAGUUGGGAUCAUAUCAAUUGCUGUCUCCAAAUGGUCUUAUUGCUGAGAGUGCAACUUCCAAGGAAUCAUUGGUUGGUGUCUUUUGUUUUAAACCUUUGGAUGGUAAUGUGGACUGGAGUUUGGUCGCUAAAGCUUCUCCAUGCUAUGUAACUUAUCUGAAGGACUCAAUUGAUCAAAUUGUCAACUUCUUUGAAAGCAAUGUUGCUGUAAGUCAAACCAUAGCUCUGGAGACUGCUGCUGCUGUGCAGAUGACUAUUGAUGAGGUCAGACGAACUGCACAGCAACAAGUGAAUAGAGUGCUAAAGGAUCAGACCAGGUUCUUACUGGAUUUGAAUAUUGCAGCACCCAAAGUUACCAUUCCAACAGAUUUCUCUCCAGAUAACGCCCACUCUACCAAGCUUUUGCUUGACUUUGGGAAUUUAGUGAUCCAUACAAAGGAUGAUUCGGAAUUUGUUUCACAUGAGGACAGGAAUAUGUAUGUACAGUUUGAUCUUGUUUUGAGCGAUGUCUCUGCUUUUCUGGUUGAUGGUGACUACCACUGGGGGCAAGCGCUUCCUACUACUAAAAUAGGUGGCCGUUCCAAGUCCAACAUUAUUUGUGUUCUGCCCGUUAUUGAUAAGUGUGGGGUAAUUUUAAAGCUUCAGCAGAUCCGACUACAAAACCCAGGCUUUCCAUCAACGAGAAUUUCAGUUCAACUUCCAUCCCUUGGUUUCCAUUUCUCUCCUGCUCGCUAUCAUCGGCUGAUGAAAGUUGUCAAGAUUUUCGAGAGAGGGGAACGAAAUGAUUUAGACUAUUUUCGCCCUUGGAGCCAAGCUGAUUUUGAAGGGUGGUUAUCGCUUCUUAGUUGGAAGGGCGUUGGAGGCAGGGAGGCUGUAUGGCAACGAAGAUAUGUAUGUAUUGUAGGCCCUUUUCUUUACGUACUAGAAAACCCUGGCUCUAGAUCCUACAAGCAAUAUAUCGGUUUACGAGGAAAACAACUCUAUCAAGUCCCUCCUGACAUUAUUGGAAACGUAAAACAUGUUUUGGCAGUUUGUGAUGCUGAGCGAGCCAAUAACAAGAUAGUAGAAGAUGCAAAUGCCGUAAUAUUACGUUACAACUCUGAAGAAUCAAAGAGAGUUUGGCAGAGAAGUUUGCAGGGGGCAAUCUAUCGUGCUUCGGGAUCUGCUCCUAUCUCUGGUUUGUCUGAAUCUUCAUCUGAUUCAGAAGACUCUGAAAUGGAUCGUAUCAAUAAUCGUGACAACAAGGACCUGUCAAAGGUGGAGAAUCUGUAUCUGACUGGUGUUCUUGACGAGUUGAAGAUGUGCUUCAAUUAUAGUGGCCAGAACGACCACAGUUUUACAAAGGUGCUGCUGGAGGAGGAGAGCCGUCUGUUUGAAUUUAGAGCAACUGGUGGGAGGGUUGAGCUUUCAAUUAGAGGAAAGGAUAUUUUUAUUGGCACUGUACUGAAGUCUUUGGAGAUAGAAGAUUUAGUUUGCCCAUCGGGAAUGUUGCAGCCAUGUUAUCUGGCAAGAUCUUUCAUUAGGAGUAGUGAUACUCAAAUCGUGAUCGAUGCUCAAUAUGAAGCAGAAGAGAAAUUCUAUGAGGCAACAGAAGAUCUAAAUGACAUCGAUAGUCCACAUGCAUUGGGCGGUGGUUCUGGCUUGUUGAGUCCUACCUCGUCAUUCUCACCAGGCAGGACCGUUAUAAAGGCUCCUAGUUUUAACCGUAUUGCUGGUCUUCUUCCUACGGAAGCAACUGAAAAUGGUGGCAAUCUUAUGGAAGUAACUGAUACGUUUGAUAGUUUUGUGAAGGCACAAGUUAUAAUAUUUGAUCAAAACUCCCCCCUUUAUUCUAAUGUUGAUACAAAGGUGGUGGUGACGCUAGCUACAUUGUCAUUUUUCUGUCGCAGACCAACGAUAAAGGCAAUCAUGCAUUUUGUAAAUGCUAUAAAUCUUGAGGAAGGAAGCUGUGAAUCGUUUAGUGACACGUCUUCAUCAUCCGAGCUACAACAUGAGAUCUCUGAUGCAAAUGUGGAUGAUGAGCCUGCAGUUAAGAGUUUGCUUGGUAAAGGAAAGUCUAGAAUCGUUUUCUGUUUGAAAUUGAAUAUGGCUCGUGCCCAGAUUUUACUGAUGAAAGAAGAUGGAUCUUCGCUUGCUACUCUGUCACAAGAUAAUUUCCUUACUGAUAUUAAGGUAUUUCCAUCUUCUUUUACUAUAAAGGCAUCCCUUGGAAAUCUGCGGAUCAGUGAUGACAGUCUACCCGAUACUCACGGGUAUUUUUGGGCUUGUGACAUGAGAAAUCCAGGAGGGAGUUCUUUCGUGGAGUUGGAAUUCUGUUCAUUCAAUGUUGAUGAUGAAGAUUAUGAAGGUUAUGACUAUAGCCUUCUUGGUGAGCUAUGUGAAGUGCGGAUUGUUUAUUUGAACCGUUUUAUACAGGAGGUUAUCAGUUACUUCAUGGGUCUUGUUCCCAAUGAUUCGAAAGAUUUUGUCAGAAUUAAAGAUCAAGGCACAAACUCGGAAAAAUGGUUUACAAGAAAUGAGGUUGAAGGGUCACCUGCUUUCAAGCUGGAUGUUUCGCUUAGAAAACCCAUAAUAUUGAUGCCUCGCCGUACUGAUAGUCUUGAUUUUUUAAAGCUCGAUGUUGUUCAUAUCACUAUCCAGAACAGCUUUCAAUGGUUUUGUGGGAGCAAAAAUGAAAUGAAUGCUGUACACAUGGAAAUAUUAACAGUUUCAGUCAAAGAUAUCAAUUUAAACGUUGGUGCUGGGUCGGAAUUAGGUGAAAGCAUUAUUCAAGAUGUUAGUGGCAUUUCAAUUGUAAUCCAAAGAUCAUUACGAGACUUACUUCAUCAAAUUCCAAGUGUAGAAGUUAGUGUAAAGAUGGAAGAAUUGAAAGCAGCUCUAUCUAGCACAGAGUACGAGAUUAUUACUGAAUGUGCUGUGGCUAAUUUUUCGGAGACUCCAAAUACUUUGCCCCCUCUAAUAGGGGACUAUGCUUCACCUUCGGCUGUAAUGACCGAACCUUUAGCCCUGCAGAGCCCCGACACUGCAAACACUAAAACUGAAGAUGGUAUUAGAUGGAUUACUACCAAGGUUUCGGUCUCCAUUAACCUAGUUGAACUUUGCCUUUAUUACGGCUUAACGAGGGAUGCAUCUCUUGCAACACUGCAGGUGAGCAGUCUGUGGCUUCUUUACAAAUCCAAUACUGCAGGAGAAGGCUUUCUUUCAUCUUCACUUGGUGAUUUUGCAGUGGUGGAUGACCGAGAAGGUAUACAAGAGGAACUCAAGUUGGCGAUUAGGAAGCCUGAGACAAUUGGAUAUAGGUCUUCGAAAUUUGUGAGAGAUGGGGAUAAUCAUCCCGACGUUAAAACUAGUGAUAUGGAGGAUUUGGCACCGAGCCCCACAAUGAUUAUUCUUGAUGCAAAAUUCGGUGAAUGUUUGACAUCAAUUUCUCUCUGCAUCCAGAGGCCACAGUUGCUUGUUGCACUGGAUUUCCUGCUUGCAGUUGCUGAAUUUUUUGUUCCCACGGUUCGUAGCAUGCUGUCAAAUGACGAUGACAGGGGUUCCUCGCAUUUAAUAGACGCACUCAUUCUUGAUCGGCCAACUUACGUUCAGCCUUCUUCCGAAUUCUUUAUCUCUCCGCUCAAACCUUUGGUUGCUGAUGAUGAAAGAUACGACCUUUUUGUAUAUGACGGUAAAGGUGGAAUAUUGUAUUUGCGAGACAGACAGGGGAAAAACCUUUCUUCUCCAAGCGUAGAGGCUUUAUUCUACGUUGGAAGCAGAAAGAAGUUACAGUUCAAAAAUGUCACAAUCAAGAACGGGAAGUAUCUAGAUUCGUGCAUCUUACUCGGGCCAAACAGUAGCUACUCGGUUUCAGAAGAUGAUAAAGUCUACCUGGAGGAAGAUGAUGAGUGGCCUUCCGAGAUUCAUCCCAGUAGCACAGUUUCUGGAAUUACUUCUCAGAGUCCUGUCAGCCGAUCUACCGAGUUAAUAUUUGAGAUGCAGGCUAUUGGUCCCGAGCUUACCUUCUACAAUACGUCAAAAGAUGUUGGAGAGUCUCUUGUGCUCUUAAACAAACUUUUGCAUGCACAGUUAGAUGCAUUUUGCCGGGUUGUUUUAAAGGGAGACACUAGUGAAAUAGAUGCAAGAUUUCUUGGAUUAACAAUGGAGAGCAAUGGAGUCCGAAUAGUUGAACGUUUUGAUACCUCGAUGAAGUACACAACUGCUUCUGGAAAGACGGAUAUACACUUUACUGUCUCGGAUGUAUUUAUGAAUUUUUCGUUUAGUAUCUUGAGACUAUUUUUGGCAGUUGAGGAGGAUGUUUUGGCGUUUUUGAGGACAACAUCGAAGAAAAAGACGGUGGUGUGCUCCGAGUUUGACAAGAUUGGAACAAUUAAAUAUGGAGAGAAAAUGUUUGUGUUUUGGAGACCUCAUGCACCUCCGGGUUAUGCCAUACUUGGUGAUUAUCUCACACCAACUGAUAAACCUCCCACAAAAGGAGUAAUUGCAGUCAAUUCUAGCAUUGUAAGGGUAAAGAGACCCGAGUCUUUUACUCUGAUUUGGUCCUCUUCCCAGUCUCAGGUUGAUUCUCAAUUUUCUCUCGGCACUGGUCAUUCUGAAGAGGACAGAGUUUGUUCCAUUUGGUUCCCUCGAGCACCUAAAGGCUAUGUUGCAUUGGGUUGUGUGGCCUCUCCCGGAAGUGUGCAACCAUCAUCGUCGUCAGUUUUCUGUAUUUCUGCUUCGUUAGUUUCUCCGUGUGAUCUGAGAGAUUGUAUUAGUAUUGGCAAUAGCAUAUCUUCUAGCUUGGCGUUUUGGCGUGUGGACAAUUCUGUUCGUACCUUCCUCCCUGCAGAUCCAACUACGUUGAGUUUGUCUGGUAGAGCUUAUGGACUGCGGCACGUAUUCUUUGGAUUACAUAAAGAUUCUUCCAAAUCACCAGAAAGUUCAGAAAACGGUGCCCCAUCUAGUAGUCACCGUAAUACUCUCCAGCAAGAGUUAUCGUCCUCUGUAAACUCUGCCAGGAGGUUUGAAGCGGUCGCAACUUUUAGGUUAAUCUGGUGGAAUCAGGGUUCGGGAUCAAGAAAGCGAUUAUCUAUAUGGCGCCCUAUUGUACCCCAAGGGAUGGUAUAUUUUGGUGAUAUUGCAGUCCAAGGGUAUGAGCCACCUAAUACAUGCAUUGUUUUUCACGAGUCCAAUGAAAUUCUAAAAGCCCCUUUGGAUUUCCAACUAGUUGGGCACAUAAAGAAACACAAAUCGGUGGAUAGUAUAUCGUUGUGGAUGCCUCAACCUCCUUCAGGGUUUGUUUCGUUAGGUUGUAUAGCUUUUAAGGGUACACCGAAGCAAUCUGAUUUUACCUCCUUGAGAUGCAUUCGCAGUGAUAUGGUCACCGGGGCUCAGUUUUCAGACGAAAGUAUAUGGGAUACGUCUGAGAUCAAGUUUAUGAAAUACCCUUUCAGUAUAUGGGUUAUUGGGAAUGAUCUCGGGCCCUUUGUUGUCCGCAGUGGCUUUAAAAAACCUCCAAAGAGGUUUGCUUUAAAGCUUGCCGAUCAAGAUAUCCCUAGUGGUUCAGAUAACAUGUUGGUUGAUGCAGAAAUUCGAACAUUCUCUGUAGCUCUUUUUGAUGAUUAUGGUGGCUUGAUGGUUCCACUGUGCAAUGUAUCUUUAAGUGGAAUAGGUUUUAGUUUACAUGGACAGUCGGACAAUUUCAUUUCCAGUGUCACGUUCUCCUUGGCUGGUAGAUCGUACAAUGACAAAUAUGACUCCUGGGAGCCUCUUAUUGAGCCAGUUGAUGGGUUAUUAAGGUACCAGUAUGAUAUCAAUGCUCCGGGGGCUGCUUCUCAGCUACGCUUCACCUCCACAAGGGAUCUGAACCUGAAUGUUUCGGUAUCUAAUGUCAACACCAUUUUUCAAGCUUAUGCUAGCUGGAACAACCUUAGCCAUAUUCACGAGUCCUAUGAGCCGGAAACUGUUUCUCCCACUGAUGGGGGCAAGCCGAUCAUUGAUAUCCAUCACAAAAAAAACUAUUUUAUUAUCCCACGGAAUAAGCUUGGUCAGGACAUUUUUAUAAGAACAACUGGGAUGAUGACUACUAAAGCAAUUAAAAUGCCGUCUGGAGAUAGCAAACCCGUAAAAGUUCCAGUUGCAAAGAACAUGUUGGACUCGCAUAUGAAAGGAAAUCAUUUCAGUAAAUGCAGAGCGAUGGUGACAGUAAUCGUAGCAGAGGCAGAGCUCAAGAAAGUUGCGGGAUUAUCUUCUCAUCAAUAUACUGUAGCGGUCCGCCUGUUCCUGGAUCAGAACCAACCCGGUCUAUCACUUUUACACGAACAAAGUGCUCGAACUCGGGGAAUCAGCGUAGAUGAUUCUUCUGCCAUUGUUUCAGUGAAAUGGAAUGAAGUGUUUUUCUUCAAAAUCGAUUCACUGGAUUUCUACAAUUUAGAGCUUGUUGUAACAGACAUUGGCAAAGGCGAUGCGGUUGGUUAUUUCUCCGCUCCACUGAGACACAUAUCUCGAUUUCAAGACAAUUUAGACGGGCUUAAUUGGAUAGAGAUGUUUUCGGACUCACCCGCGAUGGCAUCUGGAGAAGAAAGAGUAAUGAAAUCAGCCGGGAGAAUAAAGUGUGGGUGUUACUUGUCCCCUCGAAUGGAUACGGAAAUCAGCAAGAGAUCAUCUGACAAGGGGAAAAAAGUGGGCGUUAUUCAGAUUAGUCCCACGAGGGAAGGGCCGUGGACUACAGUGAAGCUAAACUACGCUGCACCUGCUGCCUGUUGGCGGUUAGGCAACAACGUUGUUGCCAGUGAAGUAACCAUAAUGGAAAAUAACCGAUACGUGAAUAUAAGAUCCCUGGUUUCAGUCCGUAAUGAUACUGAAUUUACAAUGCAUCUGCUGUUGAAACUGAGAACUUCAGAUGAAACAAUGGCUCCGGAUAAUGAAAGGAAGGAAGAAAACGAUAAUGGCUAUGAAUUCGUUCCUUGCGAGUUGUUUGAAACUCAGAAAUAUACACCUACUGCUGGCUGGGUUGGAUCGGAUUUCAAUGAGAUGGCUUCUGGAGUUGGGUUGCCAUCAGGGUGGGAAUGGGUUGAUGAAUGGCAUGUUGAUAACAGUUGUGUUAAAAUUACUGACGGAUGGGCUUAUGCUCCGAACGUUGAAAGUCUGAAGUGGCCGGAAUCUUGUAAUCCAGUCGAGUCUGUGAACUAUGCACGACAGAGGAGGUGGGUUCGUCAUAGAAGAUGUGGUUUGGGAGAUCAUAAACCGCAGUUUUGUGUUGGGCCUCUAAGGCCCGGUGAAGUUACUCCUCUUCCUCUCUCUGCAGUUACUCAGUCUGGACGCUAUUUAUUGCAAUUUAGACCGUCAAAUCUGGAUGAAGCAGAAGAAUAUUCAUGGAGUUCUGUUAUUGACAAAACACGCAACUCACAUGAUGUUGGUUUGCGACCAGAAAACUCGGGGAUAUGUGUCUCGAGUCUCCAAGAGUCCGAGGAACUCUUGUACUGCUCGUUGGUUAGUGGAACAUCGAGCAGUUCACGUGGCAGGUGGUUCUGUUUGAGUAUUCAAGCCACCGAGAUUGCAAAGGACGUUCAUUCAGAUCCCAUUCAAGACUGGACCCUCGUGAUUCGGGCUCCACUCUCGAUAACCAAUUAUCUUCCUCUUGUAGCGGAGUAUUCGGUUCUCGAGAGUCAGAACACCGGUCAUUUGCUUGCCUGCGUUCGAGGAGUUUUUAACCCGGGAGAGUGUGUCAAGGUUUACAAUGCCGACAUUCGAAACCCUCUGUACUUCUCGUUGCUUCCACAAAGAGGAUGGUUGCCAGUUCAUGAGGCUGUUCCGAUAUCCCACCCUAGUAAAGUACCAACAAAGACAAUUAGUUUGCGAAGUUCUAUUUCUGGAAGGGUCGUCCAGAUCAUCCUUGAGCACAGCAGCCAUGCUGAGGAAAGACCGUUUGGAGCAAAGGCCAUUAAGGUUUAUUGUCCUUAUUGGCUAUCGAUUCGAAGAUGCCCGCCACUUACGUUGAGAUUUCUGGGCUUGGGAGGGAAGAAAUCGAGGAAGAUAUCGUUCCCUUUUAAGUCAACGAGUAAUAGUGAGGUCGUAUUUGAGGAAAUCACCGAGGAGGAAAUAUACAAUGGUUACACAAUCGCGUCUGCAUUGAACUUCAAAAAACUAGGGCUUGCAGCCUCGAUUAACCGUUCUGGAGAGGAGCAUUUUGGGCCCAUUACAGAUCUUUCUCCACUCAGUAAUAUGGAUGGGUCGCUGGAUCUUCAUGCUUACGAUGCUGAUCGAAACUGCAUGCAGAUCUUCGUAUCUUCAAAACCUUGUCCUUAUCAAUCUGUUCCAACAAAGGUGAUUUCUGUCCGUCCCUUCAUUACGUUUACAAAUCGGGUUGGCCAAAAUUUGUUUAUUAAGUUAAGCGGUGAAGAUGAGCCAAAGGUUUUGCAUGCAUCAGAUGCCAGAGUGUCGUUUGUAGUUCUCGGAACAAGUAGCCCGAAUGAAUUGCAGGUUCGACUGAACGAUACGAAUUGGUCGUUUCCCAUUCGAAUUGUGAAGGAGGACUCGAUCUUUCUGGUUUUGAGAAAAGCCGAUGGUACACGGAGGUUUCUGAGGGUGGAAAUUCGUGGUUUUGAGGAAGGAUCGCGCUUUAUUGUCGUCUUUCGCCUUGGAUCCACAAAUGGUCCAAUCAGGAUUGAGAACAGAACAAGUAGUAUGGUAAUAAGAAUUCGCCAAUCUGGAUUUGAUGAUGAUACACGGAUCCAAUUGUUACCUCUCUCAACUACCAACUUUUCAUGGGAGAAUCCAUACGGUCAAAAGCUUCUCGAUGCCGAGAUUCAUAGUGAGAAUAGGGAUUCAGUCUGGAAAUUUGACCUGAAUAAUUCCGGGUUUUGCUCUAAAUGUGACGGGUUGGGCUUGCUUUUCCACGUUAUAGAUCUGGAUGAUAUUAGAGUUGCUCGGUUUUUAGACGAGAAUACGCCAAUCUUACCUCCAAAUGAAGGGAGCAUGUCUUUAACAGAAGCCGGAAAUCCGGGAAGCUCUCACAUACAGAGCCAGAAGCAGGAGAGCGGUUCUCCUGUAGAGCUUACUAUCGACUUGGGUGCUAUCGGGAUUUCUGUCGUGAAUCAUAGGCCUAAAGAGCUGUCCUAUUUGUACUUCGAAAGGGUCUCGAUAUCUUAUUCUACCGGAUAUGAUGGCGGCACUACAAGCAGGUUCAAGCUCAUCGUGGGUUACUUGCAGUUCGAUAAUCAGCUCCCGCUCACUUUGAUGCCCGUAUUGCUGGCACCCGAACAAACGAUCGAUGUUCAUCAUCCGGUAUUCAAGAUGACGGUUACUGUCCAGAACGAAAUCGUGAACGGAAUCCAGGUUUAUCCAUAUGUUUACGUACGAGUAACUGAUAAGUGCUGGAGGCUUAACAUUCAUGAACCGAUUAUCUGGGCUUUUGUGGAGUUCUAUAAUAAUCUUCAGCUCGAUCGUCUUCCGAAGAGUACUAAUGUGAGUCAAGUUGAUCCCGAAAUACGUGUAGACCUGAUUGACAUAUCGGAAGUGAGAUUAAAGUUGUCGUUGGAGCCGGCACCCGCCCAGAGGCCUCGAGGAGUCCUCGGUGUUUGGAGCCCUAUACUAUCGGCUAUUGGGAACGCGUUUAAAAUUCAGGUCCAUUUAAGGCCGGUUAUGCAUCGAGACAGGUUUAUGAGGAAAAGUGCGGUUGUUUCUGCAAUUGGUAAUCGUUUCUGGAGAGAUAUAAUUCACAAUCCGCUUCACUUAAUUUUUUCCGUAGAUGUGCUCGGUAUGGCGAGCUCGACUUUAGCCUCUCUCAGCAAAGGCUUCGCGGAACUCUCGACAGAUGGCCAGUUUCUGCAACUCCGUUCGAAGCAAGUCUGGUCGAGACGAAUAACGGGGGUCGGGGAGGGUUUCAUUCAAGGAACCGAAGCUCUUGCACAAGGCGUUGCGUUUGGGGUGUCGGGGGUCGUGACUAAGCCGGUGGAGAGCGCGAGACAGAACGGCCUUCUCGGCCUCGCACAUGGAUUGGGACGAGCGGCUGUAGGGUUUAUCGCACAACCGGUGAGCGGGGCGCUCGAUUUCUUUUCCUUGACGGUAGACGGAAUCGGAGCUAGUUGUACUCACUGCAUUGAAAUUCUAAGCAACAAAACCAGCUUCCAAAGGAUAAGAAACCCGCGGGCUAUUCAUGCCGACAAUGUUCUUCGAGAUUACUGCGAACGGGAAGCUCUUGGUCAGAUGAUACUUUACCUCGCUGAAGAAAGACGUCAUUUUGGAUGUACCGAACUGUUUAAAGAGCCAUCGAAAUUUGCCUGGUCGGACUAUUACGAAGAUCAUUUUGUGGUGCCCUAUCAACGGACCGUUCUAGUAACAAAUAAGCGUGUGAUGUUGCUACAGUGUCUGUCACCCGACAAGAUGGACAAGAAACCGUGCAAAAUCAUGUGGGAUGUUCCGUGGGAAGAACUCCUGGCACUCGAGUUGGCGAAAGCCGGAUAUCCCAAACCUUCUCAUGUCAUCAUUCAUCUUAAAAAUUUCCGACGAUCUGAAAAGUUUGUUCGAGUUGUGAAAUGCAAUACAGACGAAGAAGAGUCGGAGGAGCCUCAAGCCGUUAGGAUAUGUUCGGUUGUUCGUAAGUGGUGGAAAGAACACCAGUCCGACAUGCAAAGUCUCGAGUUAAAAGUUCCGUCGAGCCAACGACAUGUGCGCUUUUCUUGGGAUGACGGUAGAGAUCCCAGUUUACGGCACAAAACCAUCAUUGGAUCGGGAGAGGUUUCUCCGUUCAUCCAACGGGUUAUCAACUUCUCGAAGGUUUGGAGCAGCGAACAAGAGCCGAAAGGUCGGUGUACGUUGUGCCAAAAGCAAAAUGCCGAAGAGAGUGGAUUUUGUACCAUAUGGCGACCAAUCUGUCCUAGCGGCUACAUCUCAAUCGGGGAUAUAAUCCGUACUGGCAGCCAUCCUCCCAAUGCCGCAGCCGUUUAUCGCUAUUCUGACGACAACUUCGCACCGCCGAUGGGUUACGACCUGGUUUGGAGGAACUGCUCCGAUGAGUAUACUACUGCCGUCUCAAUCUGGCAUCCCCGUGCCCCCGAUGGCUACGUUUCACUCGGUUGUGUCGCGGUGCCCUGUUUUUCCGAGCCUGAACCCGACGCUAUGUACUGCAUCGCAGAAUCACUUGUCGAGGAGACGGUUUUCGAGGAACAAAAGAUUUGGUCGGCACCAAAUUCGUUUCCCUGGGCAUGUCAUAUUUACCAGGUGCACAGUGAAGCUCUUCACUUUGUAGCUUUGCGGCAACCCAAGGAAGAAUCUGAUUGGAAACCUAUGAGGGUCAUUGAUGAUUCCCAGCAUUCGGUUCAGAUUCCCUAAGAAUUAUGUCCGGUUUUGGAUUACUAUCGAGCUUAAUAGUGCAGGUAUCCUUCAAAUUUUUGUACCAGAUUCUGAUAUAUAUUCUCACCUGCGAUUCAUUUCUUAUUCUCAUCACGGCAUCAUUCCUUUUAAUGGCUUAUAUACAUUGUUCAUAUCCAAAAUUGAAUCACAUUAGAUUUGCCUUAUUUUGUCU